AUGGCUCCUAUUCAUAUCGCGCGGACUCUCUUUUCUUCAGAGUCGCUUUCAGGCGGGUUUCGCCAUGCCAGGAUGGCUGUUAGGGCUGCAGGGCCUGACAUCGCGAGGCUCUCGGCUCAUCACCUUCAACGUAGGGCCUUGACGGUAAAUAGCACGCAGAGGGUUACUUUGGGUGUUAUUGCGGCGUAUACUGUCAUUAUUGCGCUACUCUGGAAUAUUCCAUACAUUCGCUGGUCUCUUUGGCCUUUCAAGAUGCUGGUGAUUGCUUUCCAUGAAUUCGGACAUGCUUUGGCAGCUUGCUGUACAGGAGGACGCGUCAAGUCUAUCUCUCUUGACCCUCGUGAGGGAGGUGUGACUCAUAUGUAUGGCGGUAUGAGUGCAAUCACACUCCCAGCCGGAUACCUUGGAUCCUCCCUGAUCGGAGCUCUCCUCAUCUUCUGCGGCUUCAACAUCGUCGCCAGCAAGGUCGCGAGUAUAGUUCUCGGUGUCUGUUUCUUGCUUACUCUCUGGUGGGCCCGACGAGAUUGGCUUACGAUUGUCACGGUUCUGUUGGCGGUUGGAUUACUCGUGGCUUGUUGGUUCAUCAAGCAUGCUGAGCCUUUGAGAUUUGUGGUCCUUUUCAUCGGGGUCAUGUCUGCUCUGUACUCGGUCUGGGAUAUCUGCGACGAUCUCAUCCUUCGAAAAGUCAAUGAAUCCGAUGCUAGUGUUUUCGCUCAGCGCUAUGGAGGAUCCUCUCAAUGCUGGGGAGUCAUCUGGUCCAUCAUCUCGCUGGUGUUUAUGGUUGGAGGAAUCAUUGCCGGUAUUGCAGCUUUCCCUGAGACAUUUUCCGAGCAGGAGGCGGAUUCGAAGAAGUUUAUCCCAACCUAA